CUCCCGCACCCACCUCCCCGGCCCGAGGCACACUGCAGCUCCGCGCGGACUCUCCGGCCCCGGCGCGGUGGCUGCAAACUCGCGGGCACGCACAGCGCGCGGGGAGCCGAGGGACUCGGGGGAGGGGACGUGCGCGGAAGGCGCCAGCUUCCUCUCGCCCGCCCCUCGCCGCCGCGAGCCCAGGUUGGAGGAACCCCGGGCCCCAGCCCGACUGAGCCGGGCGGCGGCAGCGGCGGCGGCUUCCUUUUUCUCCCGCUGCGAGCCCUGGAGCGCCUCGGGAACCGGCCCUAAAAAGAGCAGGAAAUCUUGUUUACCGCCCGGGGAGAGGAGUCGAUCAAGCCUUUGUCUGGAAAGUCAGCAUCUCCAGCUCCGGCUGCAAUGUGUUCCUGGUGACAUUAGCAUUGGCAGACCCGCCGGAGAAGGGGGGUCGCCAGGUUCAUGUCUGCUUUCGGAGGCGGAUCGAGCGGGUGACUUUUGUGCAUUCGUUUUAAUUUUCGGAAAUCUCUCUUUUUUCCUCCCCGGCCCGCCACCGGGCAUGUCCUGAUCGGGCGGCCGCUCCUACCGCCCGGGGCUACGGAUCUGAGCGGUUCCCAGCGGGUCUCCCUCCUCCCUCCCUGGUCCCUCCCUGACUUUGCAACACCGCGUUCCGGGAGGACCGAGCUCGGCGAGGAAGAAGGCGGGGGAGCCCUGAACACCCGGACCCGAACCUUGACAUGCUCUCCGGCGGAGAGGAGGAAAACAGGAGCUGAGCGCACCGCCGGGGCUGCUUCGCCGGCCGGCUCUGAGCGCAGGGCUCCGGGCGCCCUGCCCUGCGCCUGGGCGGCAGCUUUGUUGCUUUGGGGGGGCGCCCCCCGCUUCCCGCCCCGGGGGCGCGCGGCCGGCAGGACCAUGCUGCUGAAGGAAUACCGGAUCUGCAUGCCGCUCACCGUGGACGAGUACAAAAUCGGACAGCUGUACAUGAUCAGCAAGCACAGCCAUGAACAGAGCGACCGCGGAGAAGGGGUGGAGGUCGUCCAGAAUGAACCCUUUGAGGAUCCUCACCAUGGCAACGGGCAGUUCACCGAGAAGCGGGUGUAUCUCAACAGCAAACUGCCUAGCUGGGCUAGAGCUGUUGUUCCCAAAAUCUUUUAUGUUACAGAAAAGGCUUGGAACUAUUAUCCCUACACAAUUACAGAAUACACAUGUUCCUUUCUGCCGAAAUUCUCCAUUCAUAUAGAAACCAAGUACGAGGACAACAAAGGAAGCAACGACCGCAUUUUUGACAAUGAAGCCAAAGACCUAGAGAGAGAAGUUUGCUUUAUUGAUAUCGCCUGCGACGAGAUUCCAGAACGUUACUACAAAGAAUCGGAGGAUCCCAAGCAUUUCAAGUCCGAGAAGACAGGACGGGGGCAAUUAAGGGAAGGCUGGAGAGAUAGUCAUCAACCCAUCAUGUGUUCCUACAAGCUGGUGACCGUGAAGUUCGAGGUCUGGGGACUUCAGACCAGAGUGGAACAAUUUGUACAUAAGGUGGUCCGGGAUAUUCUGCUGAUUGGACAUAGACAGGCUUUUGCAUGGGUUGAUGAGUGGUAUGACAUGACAAUGGAUGAAGUCCGAGAAUUUGAACGAGCCACUCAGGAAGCCACCAACAGGAAAAUUGGCGUUUUCCCACCUGCGAUUUCUAUCUCAAGUAUCCCCCUGCUGCCUUCCUCGGUCCGCAGUGCCCCUUCUAGUGCCCCAUCCACACCUCUCUCCACCGAUGCCCCAGACUUUCUGUCCGUGCCCAAAGAUCGACCCCGGAAAAAGUCAGCCCCAGAAACUCUCACACUUCCAGACCCUGAGAAAAGAGCCACCCUGAAUUUACCUGGCACAUACUCUUCAGAAAAGCCAUGUCGGCCCAAAUUAGAGUAACUUCCUAUGAAUAUUUCAUGGGGUUUUAUAUUUUCAUUUGGGUUUGUUUUUUUCUUUUUAAGAAUCUUCUGAUAGAGAAAAAGACUGCUUUGUCCCUCAAACAUGUUCCUUCGAUCUCUGAGUGUGCAUGUGGUUAAGUACCUUCCCAUAUAGGAUUCCCCAAGGAUGCCCCUGCAUCCUGCUAGAUGUAAAUUGUAAGACUUGCAAAGGACAGAAGAAAUCUUAGUAGCCGCAGCUGGAAACCAGGGAGGAACCCUUGUUGAGCGUUUGAUGAGGUCGGUGUGGAUGUCAAGAGCACAUAAGUGAAAAUGUUGUGCCCCUGUGUUAGAAGGUGUGGUAAAAUAGCGAAGUCAAUCUCUUCUCAUCAAACCUGAAAUUCUCAAAAAUACUCUCAGGCGUAACAUAAGUAAUUGUUAAAUUUCAAACUGUUCCUCACCAAUACUUGAAUACUAGUAGUUAAUUGAGAUUCCUAUUUUGGUUAGUCUGACUCAGGAUUUGGGGCCUAAUUAACUCUUUAAAUUUUUUGAGAAUUUUAAUUAUCAACCUAUAGUGGCUCCAAGUGCAAUUAACAGUAACUGAUUUAUACCUUUCACAGAAUUUAAUAAAGAUUCCACUUGUUUCUGUCUUUUAAUAACUUUCCCCCUUGUGCCCUUGUGGCCUAAGAAAUCUUUCAGAAUUGCACGGAUGAAUGUGACCAUGACUGACUGAUUUGGGGAUGGUUUGGUUUAGGAACCAAGAGGCCCAGGUGAGACAAACAUCAUCCAUUAAGAUUCUCGGUAUUUGCAAUUAAUUGAGUAGAACUCGUUGACUAUUUGCCCAUUCAAAGACGUUCAAGGGUAGACUAAGCUCACAGGACUUUUAACACUGUUAGAUUUCUGGUUUGGGAACCCUGAAAAAGAGAACUGUCUCCCAUCCCCCUCCUGCUUUUACUUUUAAUAACAUCCAGAUUUCCCUGGAACAGAGUGCCCAUCACUGGACCUUAAAAAAGACUGUCAUUCUCUUGCCCUUACUUGAACCCCAAAUAUUGGGAAUGUCGCGGAAGCGGAGUAAAGACUGUCGAGUGGGAGGAGAGAAGGAGCAAAAUUGCUGAUUCCUAUUUGUAGAGUAAGAAGGAGGAGCCAGAAGAGACGCCCUCUGUCUAGCUUUCUUUCCUGCAAGUGGUGGUAAUGCAAGGUGAGAAUCCAGGUUGACGGGAAGUAAGAUCAUUCAACCUAAGUGGCAGAAAACGAACUCUCCUUUGAUCUAAAGAGAAAACUGCCAUCGUCGCGCCUCACUGCCUUUAAACGCAGAAGGAAGGGCAAGCAGAAUCUAGCAUUUACUCUCUGUCCUCUAAGAGAGGAAGACAACAAGGUAGUUGGGCAACUCCAAGGCCCCAGCUAACCUUCCUGACCAUAACCUCCAACCUCAGGAAAGGGACCUUCCCAAAACACAGAUUCCAAAGGAAACAACAUAAACCAAGGAGUAUGUCCUCCUUCCCACACAGCCUCUCAGCCAGUGGACCCUGCCUGCUUCUCUCUCUCAGUGCUCAGCACAUGCUACAUAGUGUCUUUGAAAUUGAUAAACUCUCCCGUGGUGCAGGUGCAGGCGCUGGCCCCACGAACCCAGCACCGAGUAUUCUAAGUCAUACGUCAGACUGUCAAGAUCAUUUCUUUAUCUACAGGUUGACAUGUCGCUUCAUAAAUAAAUCAAUCCAGAACUCAAAGGAAACCAGUUGCAAAUAGUUUAGAUCAACAGUGCAUCUCUCUUCUCUAAGAACGACGGCUCUGCAGUAAGCGAUCUUUGCAUGGAAUAGUAGCAUGAUCUCUGCUUGUGGGAAAUCUUCAUCUUCUCAGACCCCUUGGACUUCUCAAUGGUCCCCUCCCCACACAGUAGUACUUAAUGAGAAUGUUGGGCUUUAGAAGACGAAAUUCUCCUUUCAGAAGACACUGACAUAGUAUGCAUCUUUGCUUACCAUUUGUCCGCUGAAAUCAGGAUGGGGUGGGAUUGUUAUUUUUUGCAUAGAACAGAUUUAUUUUGUGCAGGUUGUAAACACAUCUGGCACCUAGUUUUCCCAUUAAACACCAUUGCCGUUUUUCUUUUUUGUAAAGUAGCUUCUGCUAUCGAGGUCAAUGAUGCUGUAUGCUUUUGAAAGCUAAUUUCUGAUUUCCUUCUGUGAGUUUUCUUUCUCUUGUAGCCAGUUCAAUACCACAGACAUCAAUUUCAAAGCUGUCAAUGAUAGUGUGAUUCUUAGCCAACAAAUGUGUGUACUCUUAAAGUAUGUUCAGUUUUUCCUGUCUACACGUGGUUGUGUGCAUUUAAACGGGGUGGGGGGGUGCAAAUAUUCCUUUAGCUGCUUUGAAUAUUUAAUCCAGUCAUCACAAGGCAUAAAUGACUUCGAUAUUUUAUCUGUCUUGAUUUUCAAGUCUCUUUUCAUAUUCUCCAUACAUGAGUUUGUUUAUUGUGGGAUAGAAGCCUGCGAUGAAUGUGUAUGUAGAACAUUAAUAAUUCCCAUAAGGAUGGAAAUUAAAUGGUUGCAUGAUGGAAACUUAGAAGAAAAAAAAAAAGCAGAAAAUUGAAUUCAUUAAGCAUGUUGGGGGAAAAAAAUAGAAACUUUAACUCAGUGCCUCUGUCUGCAAUGUGGAAACUUACAA